AAAAAUACUAAGCAGCCGGUGGGAACAGAGCUGCUUCUUUUCUUGGCGGACGGAUCGUUCGCCCAGGUAGAGGUAUGGGGGCGGAGCAUCCGCACAGGUGGGUGGUAGGUCGCGCCUGCCCGUCUGCCUGCAGGUGAGCGGCAGAGGAGGAAGACGAGGGCCCACGGACUGCGGGGAGAGCAAACGCUGCCGGAAAUGACUGAGGCACAACUCGUACACUGAUAUGAGCUAAGAGGGCAGAAAGUCCGCCAUGGUACAUUUGGGAGUAUGCUGUGCCAGCCUCAAGGACAACAAAGCCCUGAUGAAGAUGGGCCUGGGGCUGGUGCUGGUGGGCCAUGUCAACUUUCUUCUUGGAGCACUGGUGCACGGCGCUGUGCUCAGGCACAUCAACGUGCACUCUCAGGCCCGGACCAUGGUCUACGCCAUCUCUAAUGUCAUUGCCAUUGUGGCAGGCUUGGUGGGAAUCAUUGGUGGAAUAGCAGCCAUUGUCCUUUCCAAAAACAAGAAAAACAGGAUUCUGCAGUGGGUCCUGUUGGUCUUCGGCUUCCUGGCUGGUCUCUUGGCAGUUGCCUCCACCUUGGGCUUGUCAGUUUCUAUGGUCAAGGCCAUUAUUGAUAAAGGCAAGGGCCUACUAACGCACUGCAAGUAUUCUGAUAAUGUUGUCAGCUCUUCCAGCAUCACAUACGAAUGCCCUUUUGACCCCACCCGCAUCUAUGGGACCACAAUCAUUCUGUGGGUGCCUCUCAUCUUGACGUCGGUGGUGGAAAUGGUGUUCUCCUUCCGCUGCUUCGCUGCCUGCACUACAUUCCUCUACCUCUGUCCGCGCAGGAGGAGGCCGAUUCAGGCUAAGAGGGUGCGUAUCCAAAGACGCACUGAAACCCCAACGCCAGUACAAGGUCCAGAGAUCGACGCUGAAGCUGAACCCGCGGAGCAGGAUGAACUGCUGGACGGCGACGCAACAGCGCAGCAGAGUGAAUGGCUCUGAACCAGCUAAACCUAA